AUGGCUGAUAAUAGAACAUUAAGGCAGUUAGCUGCACCUGAUGUGAAUUACAACGGUUUGUGUAUUGAGUAUGCUGCUGAUGCUGUUCCUUUUGAGUUAAAAUCAGGUUUAAUCCAUUUGUUGCCCAAGUUUAGUGGUCUUGCAGGUGAAGAUCCUCACAAACAUCUGAAAGAAUUUCAAGUGGUGUGCUCUACGCCACUGAAGCCUGAAGGGAUCACUGAAGAUCAUAUCAAACUUCGAGCUUUUCCUUUUUCAUUGCAGGGUGCAGCAAAGGAUUGGAUAUAUUUCCUCGAGCCAAAUUCAAUUGCAAACUGGAAUGCUCUGAAAAAAGUGUUCCUUGAGAGAUACUUUCCUGCCUCCAGAGCUGCCUCGAUAAGAAAAGAGAUAUGUGGUAUUAGACAGGGUAAUGAGUCUUUGACCGAAUAUUGGGAGAGGUUUAAACAGUUGGUAUCCAGCUGCCCUCAGCACCAGAUCACCGAGCAGCUACUCAUCCAGUACUUUUAUGAGGGGUUGUUACCGAUGGAUAGGAACAUUCUUGAUGCUGCUAGUGGUGGAGCACUUGUCGAUAAAACUUCGGCUGCUGCCAAGGCUCUAAUUGAGAAUAUGUCACUAAAUUCCCAACAGUUCACAACAAGAAAUAAUUCUGUCCAAAUAAAGGGUGUGAACAAAAUUCACGUAUCCUCUCAUGUUUCUCACUCCGACAAAGCCUUCGAAAAUAAAAUGAAUGAGCUGAAGGAUUUAGUGCAGCAGAUGAUAGUCGUAGGUAAGGCUCAAGCAACCCAACAACUUCAAACACCACCAAGGUUAUGUGGCAUUUGUACCUCUUCUGAUCAUCCUACUGAUACAUGUCCUAUUUUGCAAGAUGAUAAGCCUACUGAAUUACCUCCAGCUUAUGCUGCAGCCCUUUACAACCAAAGUAACAACCAGAACCGGUAUAACAUUCCCGACCUGUCCACUAAUAAGUACCACCCGAGUUGGAGGAACCAUCCAAACCUCCGAUAUGGAAACUCACAAACGAGCCAACAACCUAACCCACCUCAAGCGGCUGCCCCUGCACCUUCUGGACCUUCUUUAGAGGAACUUGUUAAACAAAUGGCCGUCAACAACCUUCAAUCCGGAAAAGUUACAGAAUCAGCCCCUGAAAAAAAUAAAAAAAUCAUUGAGGUAACUUCUGAACUUCCUACUUCUGAACUGUCUGUUGAACCUCCUUCUCCUUCUUCUGUUGUGGUCGAAACUGAAAAAAUUAAAGAAAAAGAGCACGUACCACCAGUCCCCUUCCCACAUAGAGUUCUGAAAAAUAAGAGAAUUGAGGAGGGAGACAAAGAAAGAGAGAUAUUAGAUGUUUUCCGAAAAGUUGCGGUAAACAUCCCGUUACUUGAUGUGAUUAAGCAGGUUCCUAAGUAUGCUAAGUUUCUGAAGGAUUUGUGCACCAACAAGAGGAGGAUGAAGGGAAGUGAGAGAGUCAAUUUGGGAAGGAAUAUUUCUUCCUUUAUUCAGCCACGACCUUCAUCUGAAAAAUUUACGGGCGAAGGGAAUGUUUCAGCCCUCACUAUUCCGGUCUUGCCACAAAAGUGCAAGGACCCGGGAACUUUUGCUAUCCCUUGUACCAUCGGAAAUAGUAAAUUCGAUGACUGCAUGCUUGAUUUAGGAGCGAGCAUUAAUGUUAUGCCUACUUCUGUUUAUAAUAACCUUUGUCUUGGUCCUUUGCAGCCUACAGGUUUAAUCAUUCAGUUGGCGAAUAGGAGUAACACCCGCCCUGCCGGCAUAGUUGAAGAUGUCCUUGUUCAAGUUAACGAUUUAAUUUUUCCUGCAGAUUUUUACAUUCUUGACAUGGAGGGAGAAACAAGGUCCAGCAAAGCUCCAAUCAUUUUAGGAAGACCAUUCAUGAAAACGGAAAAAACUAAAAUUGAUGUUGAUGAUGGAAGCAUGUCCAUGGAGUUUGGCGACAUUAUCGCAAAAUUUAACAUUUUUGAUGCCAUGAAACAUCCUUUGGAAGAACACUCUGUUUUUCGCAUUGAGUUGAUUUCUGAAUUAGUUGAUGACACUUUUUCUGAUUUAUUUUCUCUUGAUUUUUCAUCUGGUUUUGAUGAUGCUGACGUAUUUCCUACAGGUGAAGCUGUCGCCGAUGAAUCUGUUUUUGUAGCUGAUGCUCUUGAUGUUCCUGCUGCCCCAAGCGCCCCAUCCAUCGAGCAUCCCCCGUCCUUAGAGCUAAAGGAGCUCCCUGAAAACCUGAAAUACGCUUACUUGGAGAGUAAUGAAAAACUCCCUGUUAUUAUUUCUUCUAACCUUGAUUUCGAUCAAGAAAACAAACUUUUGCAGGUUCUGAAGAAGCACAAAAAGGCAAUCGGGUGGACAUUAGCCGACCUUCCAGGAAUUAGUCCUUCCAUGUGUAUGCACAGAAUUUUACUUGAGGAUGGUGCGAAAACAGUAAGGCAGCCCCAAAGGAGGCUUAAUCCUUUGAUUCUCGAUGUCGUGAAGAAAGAGGUAACCAAACUCUUGCAAGCAGGUAUCAUUUACCCUAUCUCUGACAGUAAGUGGGUAAGCCCAGUGCAGGUUGUACCUAAGAAAUCUGGACUUACAGUUAUCAAAAAUGAAAAGAAUGAACUUGUUCCCACUAGAGGAAUUGUUCUUGGUCACAUAAUUUCUGAAAAAGGAAUUUCUGUUGACCCUGCUAAGAUUGAUGUGAUUUCUACACUACCUUACCCAUCUUGCAUUCGCGAGAUUCGCUCUUUUCUUGGUCAUGCAGGUUUUUACAGGCGUUUCAUCAAAGAUUUCAGCAAGAUAGCUCUUCCACUGUCAAACUUGUUGAAGAAUGACGUCACUUUCCACUUCGAUGACAAAUGCAAACAGGCGUUUGACUUCUUGAAGAAAGCAUUGACCUCCGCUCCCAUAAUCCAGCCGCCUGACUGGACCCUCCCUUUUGAGCUUAUGUGUGACGCUUCGAAUUAUGCUGUUGGGGCUGUCCUUGCACAAAGAGUUAACAAGGUUGCCCAUGUUAUUUACUAUGCUUCUAGGACUUUAGACUCUGCACAGUCAAAUUACACUACCACUGAAAAAGAACUUCUAGCUAUUGUUUUUGCUCUUGAUAAAUUCAGAUCUUAUUUGCUAGGUUCCAAGGUUGUUGUUUUUACUGACCAUGCAACUUUAAAAUAUUUGUUGAAGAAGCCGGAUGCAAAACCGAGAUUGAUUCGGUGGAUGUUGUUGCUCCAAGAGUUUAAUGUAGAGAUUAAAGAUAAAAGUGGAGCUGAGAACUUAGUGGCUGACCAUUUGAGCAGGAUAGAGAGAGAUGAAGAUCUUUUUCCUAUUCAGGAUGACUUUCCUGAUGAGCAACUUUUAGUUUUACAUGGUAUUACACCUUGGUUUGCUGAUAUUGUUAAUUAUCUUGUUGCUGGUGUUUUUCCUACAGGUGCAUCCAGAUCACAGAUUCAUAAACUCAAAAGUGAUGCCAAAUAUUAUGUUUGGGAUGAUCCAUAUCUUUGGAAGUUUGGUAGUGAUCAAGUUAUUAGAAGAUGUGUCCCCGACUAUGAGAUUGAAUCCAUUUUAAAUUUCUCUCAUGCGUCUCAAGUCGAAGGACAUUUUGGCCCGCAAAGAACUGCAAGAAAAGUCCUCGACUCAGGCUUCUAUUGGCCAACUGUUUUUAAAGAUGCUUAUGAGACUUACCGCACUUGUAAAGAGUGCCAGAUAGCAGGUACGAACAUCACUCGCAAGAGUGAAAUGCCUCAGCAACCUAUGCUUUUCUGUGAGGUAUUCGAUGUAUGGGGAAUUGACUUCAUGGGUCCCUUUCCUGUAUCAUUUGGUUUCCUUUAUAUUCUGCUUGCUGUUGAUUAUGUCUCAAAGUGGGUAGAAGCUAUCCCCACUCGGACUAAUGAUUCUAGAGUUGUUGCAGAUUUUGUCAGGUCUAAUAUCUUUUGCAGGUUUGGAAUACCGCGAGCUAUCAUCAGUGACCAAGGCACUCAUUUCUGUAACCGCACCAUGGAAGCUUUGCUCCGAAAGUAUGGAGUUGUGCACAGAGUCUCUACUGCAUAUCACCCACAAACUAAUGGGCAAGCUGAGAUCUCAAACAGGGAGAUCAAACAUAUUUUAGAGAAAAUGGUGCAACCAAACAGGAAGGACUGGAGCCGUCGUCUAGAAGACGCACUUUGGGCUCAGAGAACAGCUUUCAAGACACCCAUUGGGAUGUCUCCUUAUCGACUUGUUUUUGGUAAGGCAUGUCAUCUUCCUGUUGAGAUAGAACAUCGUGCCUAUUGGGCGGUGAAAAGUUGUAAUUUGGAGAUGCAACAAGCAGGUAUUGAAAGAAAACUCCAAUUACAACAGUUGGAAGAACUUAGAUUAAAGGCUUAUGAAAGCUCUAGAAUUUAUAAAGAAAAAACUAAGCACUUCCAUGAUAAAGUGAUUUCUAGGAAAGAGUUUUCUGUGGGCCAACAGGUUUUAUUGUUUAAUUCCCGCCUUAAGCUUAUGGCUGGGAAACUUCGAUCCAAAUGGAUUGACCCUUUCGUUGUUACUAAUGUUUUCCCUCAUGGUGCAGUAGAAAUUAAAAGUACAGGUACUGACAAAGUCUUUAAGGUUAACGGGCAGCGUCUGAAGUUAUUCUAUGGAGGUUCGGUGCCUGAAGAUGUCGGUAUAGAGGAGCUUUCUUUGGAAGCGCCUAACUACACUGCAACUUGA